ACUUUAUUUUUUGAGUUUAACAGGCUGCUGUGACUAUAUACUGUGAAGCGUAAUAUACUUCAAAACAAUUAUAUUAACAGUUUUGGCAUUUAAUUACCGUUACUAUUUUAUUACGAAUUCUACGUCGCUGUGCAUAAGAAAUUUGUCUAGUUUUCCGUCUUUGUCUUACCAAACUAAUCUAAUCUUUCCUGUAUUGAUACAAACUACGACACAAAACGUCAAAACACAGCCAAAGAUUACAAUGUUGUCAUGUAUGAAUUUGUAAGAGCGCUGCCGGCAACAAUAUUCUGAGAGUGACGUGCGGGUUAUUGGAAGUAGAAAGUGGUCUGGAAUGUGUGAUUUAUGUAAUUUAUGUUUGGGAUGCAUAAGUAGUUGUUUGUUGUACUAAUGGAAAUUUUGUGAAUGGAAACAAAUUAAACGUAAAAACUGUAUUGUCCGUAGAUAGGUAGGAAAUAGAUGUGACAGGAAAUUAUUCGAAGACCAAGCUAUCUCCUUGAACAUGCCCCGCAGACAACGGACAGAGAUGUCUGAAGUCGCAAGAAGAUUACAAAGAGCAGCUAUUCGCCUUGUGUUUAGGGUGUUGGAAUUAAUUGUAUCAGGAUUUUUGCAGUUGGUUUAUCAUGGGAAAGGUGAAGUAGUUCCUCCCAUUAACAACCUGUUGCUUUUAGAGCCUGCAUCCACACUUGCACUGAAAAUAAGAACUAGAAAGGUUUCAAGUGUCCAGGUGAUAGAAGCUUACAUAGCUCGUAUAAAAGAAAUAAAUCCUAUCUUAAAUUGCAUGGUAGAUGAGAGAUUUUCUGAUGCCCUGAAAGAAGCAAGGGAAAUAGACAGUUUUAUUGCAUCAGAAACAAAGAGUACUGAUGAAAUUGCAAGAGAUACACCUUUUCUUGGUGUCCCGUUUACAACAAAAGACUGCAUACAAGUGAAAGGCCUGUCAAACACUGCUGGAUUGUACAAAAGAAAAGAUAUAAAAGCUCUUGAAGAUGCCGAAGUCAUUGCCCUUAUGCGAAAAGCUGGCGGAAUUCCGUUAGCUGUUACAAAUAUUUCGGAAUUGUGUAUGUGGUGGGAAAGCUCAAACACAGUCUAUGGGAGGACAAACAAUCCUUACAAUACAAACCAUAUAGUUGGUGGCUCUUCAGGUGGAGAGGCCUGCAUUCAAGCUGCAGCAGCUUCUCCCUUUGGAAUAGGGUCAGAUAUUGGAGGUUCAAUAAGAAUGCCAUGCUUUUUCAAUGGCAUAUUUGGCCACAAGCCUUCUCGAUGUAUUGUAUCUAAUCAAGGAGAAUACCCUGUGCCUUCUGAAGAACAAAAUACCUUCCUGGGAACUGGUCCUAUGUGUCGUUAUGCAGUAGACUUGCUGCCUACCUUGAAAGUAAUAGCUGGGAAAAAUGCAAUUCACUUGAAGUUGGAGGAAAAAGUCAAUUAUGAUAAAAUGAAAUUCUAUUACAUGGAAAGUGAUGGUGGUUCACCUGUAGUUUCUCCUGUACAUCCAGAAAUAAAAGAUGUUUUACUAAAAGCUGUGAGUCAUUUUGAAAGAGCGUAUAACAUAAAAGCACAAAAGAUUAGACUGGAGAAGAUGAAAAUGUCUAUUGAUAUAUGGCUUGCAAAAAUGAAAGUUAAAAAUGGACCUACUUUUUGCGAGGAACUGGCAAAUAGAGAGGGUUCUAUAACUUUAUGGUGGGAGUUAGUUAAAUGGUUUCUUGGAUUCUCUAACCACACAUUUAUUGCUUUAGCAACAGCCCUAACUGAAAAACUUGGGGUGCAGCCGGGUACCCCAGAAUAUGUACAUUUGUGUGAUUUGUGUGAUCAGUUACACCAAGAGUUCCAGGAUAUGCUGGGAAACAAUGGAGUACUUUUUUAUCCAACACAUCCUACUCCAGCACCCUACCACUUAGAACCUCUCGUCAAACCUUUCAAUUUUGCUUACACUGGAAUAAUAAACAUGCUGGGAUUUCCUGCUACACAUUGUCCACUUGGUCUUAGCAAAGGUGGAUUACCCAUUGGAAUUCAGGUAAUUGGUGGAAUGAAUCAAGAUCACCUGACAAUAGCUGUUGCAAAUGAGUUGGAAAAGGCAUUUGGUGGCUGGGUUCCACCAUCAAUUGCUGUGUAAGGACUUGCCAAAUUGUUCAUUCAUUGGUGGUUGGUAAUACACAUUACAUAAUUUAAUGUGAGUGGAAUAUUUGUGGUACUUUUUCAUGGCUGAAUUUUUAAGCUUUAAAAUAAUAUAUAUAUUUAUAGUCUGUAUGGUUGAUAUGCUGCAUGUACUUGAGGAACUGCAUCCCGUGCUCGUGCUCACUGCUGUCACAGCCCUUUUUGUGGACUAUCAACUGCACGUGAAUCAUCUUGUGAGGAGUUUUUCAACAAGGUCUUCCCUCGGAUGCGGUUUCAGCAAGGGCUUGCUCAGCCUCAUGGAGCACAAUCCAUUCCCUCAUUCAUAUGCACAGACACCAACAUUCUUAGUCAUUAUGGGGCUCCAUUUCACCUCCACUUCACCAAGGUGCCUCUUACAGAAAUUGAACUGUAGGAAAAGUGGGUGGAUAUCCUGUGUAGGAUCAGUGUACUCUAUGGGCAGGUCCACGAGUGCAUGUGUGCUCCGCCUUCACCAUCAGUACUUUAAGGUAGUAUAUGCAUAGACUUGUUUCCUUCAAAGGCAGCUCUAUGAAGUGCUGUGCAUUCACGAUGGCUUUGCUUACAUAUAAUCAAAAUAAAACAUGAAAUUUUGUGUACCUAGUGAUUUAUUCUGGAGUGAAAUUGAAUAGCACAGAUUUUGAACGUGUUAUUUGUUUGUAAACAAAAUUACCAUUAUUUAUGACGGCAAAGCAGUUGCCACAACCAAUUUGUAACCAAAUGUAGUGUGUUUGGUGUGUCAUUUUUCAUGUGGUCCUAUAUUAUUGUUUGUCUGGUUACAUUCCUACAGUAUCCAUACUUAAUUUUUUAGUUUAUCUCUUAUGGUUUAUUUUGUCUUUGUUUCAUUUACAUAUUGCCCUUGGAACAUCUCUGUGUCGUCUUGUUAUUUUCAUGUGGUCGAUCAUCUCACAACUGUGUUUCUGAGCAAUAUUUGGCUCAGACCAUUAGUUGGUGUGGUUUACAGAUUUUUCAUGACAGUUCCCUCUGUUAUCACAUUGUGCUUGUACCCACAUUUUAAAUCUGUACAAAGGAGUUUAAUAGCUAUUAAAUGCAACUAUAAUAGGUUAUUCUGGGACUGACUGGUGAUUGUCAAUCUAUUUUAUCUGUGUUUAUUCCUUAUGUUCUCUUGAGUUCUUAAUUAAGUUUUUUUCCCCCUCUCUCCAGUUAGUUAAUUUUGUUACUUUUCUUAACUUCUAUUUUUUAAACAGUGUCACAAUCUUGGUGAAUUACAUUCCAUACAAUGCCACAUGACCAAUGUUGUUCCUGAUUCCUGCCAUAGAAUAUUUCUUCAAAUCCUGUAGAAUUAUUUAGACUCUCUCAUUGUGGUCUCAAGUGCUGCUGAUGCUGUGUGUGUUUGUCAUGAACAACAGCGUUGCCUCCAGAUCAUAUUACAAUGUUAUCUCUUAUAAACUUCAUAGGCCUUUAAGUGGCAGUAUUAUGUCAGAUAUUGACUUGUGUUAUGUAAGUGCCUUCUGCUUGCCUCUCAGCUUCUUGGUAAGUUGCUCCUUUGUUUGAUUUUGCAUUGCCCCGUACUUGUCUGUUGUUGAAUCUGUAAUCCAUUUUCCUUUAAUUAAUGCCGCUUCCUCAGUCUGGUAAAAGGUGUAUCAUUGUCAGCAUUCUUCUGAUUUCUCCUCUCAUUCUUCAUUUCUUUUAAAUUACUGUCUACCUGCAAACCUGGCACUGUGUAAGUUUCUUCCUCUUUUUGUGUUGUACAAUUUUCUGUACUGGUUAUGUAUUGCUAUAUGUUACUUAAGUGCCAAAGGUAUGCACAAAAAAGUUUUACGGUUAGACUGAUCUGUUCUUUGUGUGCCAGUUUAUGGUAUAUUUACAUGCUAUGUACUUUCUGAAGUCUGAGAGAGUUUGUUCUAGUUCAUAUUACCCAAAGAUCAAGUUUGUUCCUAAAUUUGAGUUCAUAUUUGGGUUCAUGCUGUUAUUAUCUGCAACUGACUUGUGAAAUUUGGAGAAGAGGUACAGGAAACAUUUGCCACUAGCUAUAGAUGUAAGCAUUAGUUCCCUAACAUUUAGGAUUGCACUGGUAAGGAUCCUGAGCUAGGAAGUCUCAUUUCUGUUAAUUGAACUUAAGAUUGUUUGUGAGGGGUUGUCCAUUUCUGCCAAGAUCUAAAUGCUGAUCAUUGUUGAAGAGCAUUCAGUUGGGUUCUAAGUUAAUGCUUUAAAAAAUAUGCUUUUUGAUUCACUCUAGUUAAGAAAAGUGUAAAUGUGAAAGACUCGUGUAUUUCAGUAACAGGUGAGAAGAAAUAUGGCUCAAGCAUGUCCUUCAUCAUGAAAUAUGAAACUGGAAAAAAGUUUGCAAUUUUUUGUGAUGAUGUCUCAACUUGUUUGUUAAUUCCUAAUGUGCUAUUUAAAGAAAAUUGAACAUGCCAAUUACCAUAAGCACUAUGUCCUUUCCAGUUAAGAAAUUCAAAGAAUUGGGCAGUGAUGCUUUUUUUUGCCAGUGUUGAAGUGUUUGUUUGAAAGAUACAGUUAUAAUUAUAACUGUAAGACUCGCAUAAUGAAUUUGAUUCACAUACUUUUUUUUCCUUUUGUGAUGCCGUAUGGAAUAAUUUUUAUGAUACUUUGAUUCUGUGACCAGAUCUGAUUAAAGAGAAUGCCACAACUCUGCCCUUAGAAAUGACACGAAAGUUUUUUUUAUUUUUUGAAAGCCUAUAACAACUGUUUGUAUUUAAGGUUUCAUGACACUCUUCAGUCCUGUGGAACUGCAACAUUGUAUACCUUAAGGGGAAAGAUAUCUGGAGAACUGUACAAUUUUGAUUAUGAUUCACUAGUUGACAACUUAUGUGAAAUGAGUUAAAGAUGUCUGUCGAAGGUCUUUAGAUCUUUGCUCUAUUUCUUUCAGCCAAAAUUAGACCUUAACAACUGUCUCCACCUUUUCCAUUUUAAAAUGCUGUUUGUUUCCAUGUUCAUUUGAAAUGAGAAGUCAUGGGAUAUGAUUGUAACUCUGCAAGUUCACAGUGAACUUUUAUAUUGUUGUCGAAUAUGAUGAACAUGUUAUUUUGAAAAACAUAAAAUUAGGUGCAAUGAGUAUCUUAAUAUUAGAUAAAUGUCUGUUAUUUAUACCUUGUCGAAUGAAAUGAAUGUUGUGCUUAAGUGACAGUGCACACCCUCCAUGUUGUUUUUAAGUCACCCAGAAACUGUAAUUAUUGUUCUAGAACUGUCAUUAAAAAUACUGUUGGACUUUU